ACGAAUCUCGACGUCUUUGUUUUCUGUGCGGGCUUUCUUCCUUCUCGGUUGCGGGCUUGCGGGUCUGCGUUCCUCCGUGUGUUUUUUCUGAAUUUCCAUUCAGUAGGUGUGUAGCCGAGAGAGGGGAUUUUCUCAGGGUGGGCGGAGACGGCGGCGGAGGCUGCUGGAGGUCCAUGGCGUGCGGCGAGGCGGCCGCAAGUAACGCGUCCACGCGGGAGAGGCACUUCCCUGCAAUGGGGAGGGGUACCAGAGAUGGUCCGGUGGGCUCGGCGGAGCUGUCCCGUCGGGCACUCCUUCAGCCAGCAGCCGUCGCAGGGGCGGGAGGUGAUAGCCGUCGUCGCCGCUCAAGCGGAAGGUGUGCAGAGUUUGCGGGUCACAGGUCAUCAUGUAGUGGGUUCGAACCCAACUACGACCCUGAUGGUGGUCUGUCGGACAGCGAUAGUCUUGAGGAUAGUAGCGCAUCGACUGAUGAUGAGAACGUGUCUAGGCAGAAAAGGUUGUUAGAGGAUGCUUUGUUUGGUUUUUUCAAGAAGGAGGCUAUUAAAUCACUCAAGAGAGAUUUCUCAAAGUUUUGCCACAAUGCCAAGUUUUCAUCCCAGAAUAAAAGGCUAAAAGCACCAAGUGUGGGAAGGGAUGCAUUCAGUGUGUAUUCUGGCAAGUAUUUCUCUGAAAUUAUCAAACGCAUGCCAAUAGGACGGAAGGAUGUUAUCUCAAAAUACGGAUAUGAGUGUCUUCGGAAGUAUGAGAGAACAGAAGUCCCUUCUCCUUUUGUCAGAUGGCUUGUUGGUUGUGUCGAUACGGUGUCCUCGCAAUUAAUCAUUGUCGAUGAGAAGAUUAUAGAGUUGUCCAAACAAUCUGUCCAUCUUGUUUUGGGUUUGCCUAAGAGCGGUGUUGUAGCAAUGCCUAACAAGGAGAGUGGGAAGAAUUUCAUUCUGUCUCGGUUCAAUUUAGCAGAGCUCCCCAACAUCACUUACUUUGGCAAUUUGCUCAUGUCAUCUGAAGAGCUCAGCGAAGAAGAUACUUUCAUUUGCUUUAUGAUAGUAGCUAUGUCAUGUUUCUUGUUCCCUUCUUCAAGCGAUCAGAUACACACCGAUUUCUUGUCGAUUCUAGAAGAUCCUUCUGCUACAAGGGGUUUCGACAUGUGUUUUCUCGUCUACGAAUGGAUCCUAUCUGGCAUCAACAAGUAUGUGAUGUUCGGUAAGGAAACUGGCCGGAAACCGAAGGUUUUUGACUUCUGUGCCUACUGCCUCGCGGUCUUAUACCUUGACAAGCUUGAUUUUGGUGUACGGGUGGUCGAUCAAGGCGUCCCUAGAACUACUGCUUGGAAGGGGAAUUUGAUAAAGCACUUUUCAGAACUUGAUCGGAAGAGGAGCAACUUGUUCGGAAGGAGACAAUUCAAGAAACAUGAUGAUUCCAAAGCACAUGUUGGGGCUCGGCAUAGCAACACAAGGUCAAUGGAUGCGUCAUUAGCCUUCAAGGACAAUUUGAUGUCUACUUUCGCUAAUGUGCUACUUGUUCAGGCAAGCGGUUUUAUCUAUCUUUCUUUUCUUCAUUUUUUUGCUUCACCUUAUAUGUUUCUCUUUUUUGUGUUCUUGUUUUUUGGUUACUCAUCUAGUUUGACAUUACUAUGUUUUAUUACAAACAAGUAUGUCUUCGCAUGUGGAGAAACACCAACAAAAGGGGCAAACGGGAGAUUGUAUUUGUUAGUUAGGAAUGUUGUGUCAAAGUUGAUGCAAUCCCCAUACUCUUGGUACAUAAGUCUAGACCUUGCAUCUGACCAGAAAACACUCCUGACCCUGUUCUUUGCAUCUACCUCUAUUGAAUAACAAAAUCCAGGGCUCUCGGCUUGUUUCUUUUGGAAAAACGGUUGCAUUUCCAUCACAUCAGUAUUUUCCAUUUCUCUGCUUAUGGUUGUUCCGUAAUUACUCACUUUCCGUUUGUUGUAUGGUAGUUUGUCCAUACAUCCCCUUAUGUAAGCCAACAACGCUACAAUUUUUCUUGUUGGAAUGUUGCACUGUUUCAUUGUUCUGAUCAAAGCUUUCUCUUCUGCAGUCAUGUAAACGUGGGACCUAAAAAACCUACUCCCAGGGUCAAGUGGAUGGUUAUGUUCUAGAUGGACAUUUGUUAUGCGCCACACCACAUCUUUCAAAGCAAUCAGUAUUUUGACUUCACAAUUUGUUUUGUCUAUAACAGUGCUCUGCCUUUCUGCAAUCAGCUUUUCCCUCUCAGCCUCCGUAUUGUGUCCAUACUUGUUGCAUUUUAGUGUCACUCUUGUGACCUCCCCAUCUCUUUUUUUGCUGGUCGUGCGGGAAGUCGAGACGAUUGAUAUGGAGAAACCAGCUACGAAGGCGUAGAAGUUUAAGAAUUUUUGAGCCUCUUCCCUUGUUUGAAAUUGCAUCCCUGUUGCAGGUUUCAGCUCACUGUCAAUGCUUCUAUUGUUCCUUCCUGAGAAGCAUGUCUUUCACUCUCCAAAAAAGCGUAUAUGGUUUCCUCAUUGAUGUCAUUUUCUUCAUUCUCAUUGUUUUCUGUUUGUUGUCCAUCUGCAUCAAGCGACGUGCCUCGCUCCCGAUCCUGAUCGUCAUAGGAACAUUCAUCAUCAGUUGUUUCUUGAUCCAAAUUCCAAGUAUGAAUUUGCUU